UCGCUGCUUUCCUCGGGCUCCGGGGCGGGUGAUCCGAGGCGCGGAGGGAUUGGUCGUCGGGAGGGCUCGAUUUGGGGCCGGGUUCGGGAUGGGAAUUCCGUUUCCGGGGGACGGCGGGGGGAUUGGUGAUCGGUGCUUGUGGUGUAGGGUUCUGUUCCGUGGUUUGAUCUGUAAAUUGCGAGAGCUGUUCCGCGUGAUUACCUCCAAAUAAGGGUAGCUUUGUAGUUUUACUUCCUCUCGCGUGCAUCACGGAUCCACAGAAUUUUUUGUUUUGUUUUUGGGAAGACGUAGAAAUCGAGAGUCGAGAGAGGUUGCGUGGUUAAAUCUGAUCGUAGUUAGGUCAUCGGUUUUUUGCCGUGUUCGAUUUGGGGGAGAAAGUAGCUCUGAUCUACUGGUACUGAUUACCUGGCUCGUUACCAAAUCGUAGAAUUUUUUUCUUCCGAUGCUUCAGCUAUGGAUGCGUCGUGUGCAGUUUCAAACGUGUUAUAAACACACGUUUAUUGAGUAUUGACUUAUGUGAAAUCACCUCGAUGCUGUCGUGUUGCUGGUGGUAUGCUUGCUGCAAUAAGGUAGUUGCUUUGCUCUCUGGGAGUGUGUUCCUGGGAGUUUUAGUUGGACAUGUAGAUGACUGUUUUUGAUCGCGAGCCUGAGUGUGGUAUGUAAACUGUUAUGAACCUGUGUUGUGUUAUUGCUUUCUGCAAUGAAAAUCGGGAGCCAAGAGCUCCUCAAUUCGGGGGGAAAAAGCACACACCUAUUGAUGUAUUUUUCACAAGCGCUCUGUCUCAUUCAUGUCUUGGUUAGCUUCUACUGUUAUACAUUUCCAUGGCCAUCCAUUUAAAGUUUGCAGUCUUUUUUGCAUAACUCAGCACCGUGUUUCUGAGAGAUGACUCGGGCUAAGAGCGAGAGCGACCGGGUGAUGCCUGGUCCGGACCAGGUUGACUUGGCAUCCCACGAUGAUGAUAGCGCGAGGGAGUCACCACGUAGGAGAGCUGGACCACAACUGAAGAAAGGCCCUUGGACACCGGCCGAGGAUGCCAUCUUGGAGGCGUAUGUUAAGAAGCAUGGUGUGCAGAACUGGAAUGUGGUGCAGAAGGACACCGGGCUGUUAAGGUGCGGCAAGAGCUGCCGUCUCCGCUGGGCAAACCACCUGAGGCCCGACCUAAAGAAGGGCACUUUCACCAAAGAGGAGGAGAACCUAAUCAUUAAGCUCCAUUCCAAAAUGGGGAAUAAGUGGGCUCGAAUGGCUGCCCGUUUGCCAGGGCGCACUGAUAAUGAAAUAAAAAACUACUGGAACACUCGAAUAAAGAAAUGCCAGCGCACCUCUACGCCUAUAUAUCCUGCUGAAAUAUGCCUACAGGCUUCAAAUGAAGAUCAGCAUGAGUCCGCUGACUUCAGUUUUAGCGAGAAGCUGGCCAAUGAUCUCCUCCAUGGAAAUGGUUUAUAUGAUCCCAGUUCAACGUGGGGCGAUUUCAUUGAUGACCAAGAAGCUUUGUCUUAUGCGCCCCAGCUUCCAGAUGUUUCUUUCAGCAAUUUACCUGGUCUGUACUUUGAGUCAACAAACCAUGGCUUCGUGGAUCAAGUUAACCAAGCAGAAGUUCUGAAAGAAUCUGAGAUUUCAUUUCCUUGGUUGAACGCGGCCAUCAAUGGUACCUUCGAUGGCAGCCAUGCCUUUUCAAAUGGCAACUUCUCUACUUCUAGGCCCAUGACUGGUCCCUGGAAGAUGGAGCUCCCUUCAUUCCAAUUUGCUGGAUCUGAUCCAAACAACUGGUCCGCAUACUCAAGGACCUGUGCUGCGCAGGGUGCCAACUUUGCUGAUCCCUGCAUGCGCUCAUCAGCGGCAAUGGCAUCAGCUAAGUUUGAGCACAUGUGCAUGAUACCAGGGAACAGCGGUCAGUUGGAAGAGCCGCUUCCAGAAGCUCAUGCAGUAAGCUCUGCAGAGAACCAGCAGCUGUCCGUGGGGAGUUCGAGUGCCUCUACUGGCUCACCCUGCGAUGCUAUGGUGGAAACAUCAGAGCUCCAUUUCUUGGAGCGAGACCCCAACCUGUACGCUCUUGUCAACAGCUGUUCGCCCGCCUCGCCUCUUUGCCAAGCAUCGCCUGAUGAGUUACCGUGCUCCGAUUUUUCAUCUGCAGCGAGCCCUGUGUUUGUAUCAGAUGAACCAACAAUCCUGCAAUACGAAAAAGGAUUUCUCUUGCCUCAUCCUGAAGAUUCCGGGGCAGACGCAUUCUCCCAUUGGAACGCGAUGCCGCCCAUCUUCCAGUGAUGCGAUUCAAAUGGGUCUACAAUGGUGCAGGCAGGUACCUGUGAGCGGCAUCCCUUCGAACCAGACGAAAUCUCCAACUGGCCUCCAAUAAAGCUGUAGAAGAGUCGGUUGUUCUUUGUUCCAUUAUCUCGAGUAGAAUUCCCUCGUGUUCAGCCAACCUGCAAGACGCGCUCACUUUGGCCAACCUUCAAAAUGCCCACUGAAGUACGUAAGGAGGUUCAUUGUUGUCCAAGCAUGCGCCAAGGUGGCACAUUGCUGCCCACCUGGCAUGCUUCUGGAGGAGACGGAGGAAGGAGAGCACCUAGUAGGAUGCCACAUGGGCGGAAAGUGGUGGCCUUGACUCUUUGUCCGUCUCCUCCAUCAGGGUGUCUGCCUGUGGGCAAAAGGCGUCGCUUUGGACGGUAUUGACCCUCUUGUUACCAGGUUGAAUGAGUAGGUUGGACAUUUUCAAAGCCGGAUGGCCAAAGUGAGCGCCUGGCGCAUGUCGACUGACUGCGAGUGGUUUCACUCCCAUUUUUCUCAUCAUCAGAACUUUGGCACCUCCGUCGCCUGCCUGUACCUGUAACACUGGUGUGUACGCUUGAACAUUCCUUGGUUUAUUCUAUUCCACGUAGCACGGCUGUACACGGUGCCAGCA